AGGCUUGACUCGGCGAAUGUCGAGGCCCUCUCUUAGCGAUAUGAUGAGGCUUCUGCUCUGAGCCAGCUAGGCAUAUAUGUCAGCGCUUGAUGAUGACCCGGACUUUGACGUCGAGGCCGCGUUCGAGGCGGAGCUUGCCGCGCUUGGAGACGACCCAAGCAGCGAGCUAUUGCCGGACGCGAAGAGCCAUGGGAGCUAUGGCGAUGAUGCUGUUAAGCAGUCUUUCCUGACGGGACUUGGAGCUCGGGCGUCAGUCGGAACAGGCGACGACGAGGAUGACGAGGAGGAUGACGAGGAGCCGGAGUCGCUCCGGUUGCUGCGGGCGGCGAUGCAGAAGCGCGAGCAUCACCUGGAGGAGCGGGGCAAGCAGCUGACAUCGCUCGAAUCAGGAGCAGAGGGUGGCGGAAGCCCGGCACCGGGGCCGCAGCCACAGCCCGGCACCAACGGGGCCGCAGCUGACGGGGCUGACGGCAGCCUACAGGCAGGGCCCGCGGCAGGGGAGGGUUCGGGGCAGGGUGGGGACGACGCCUUGCCGAGCCGCAUCAGCGCUGGCAGCAGCUUCCUGCCAUCCGACGCAGCCGCCCGGUCCGCGCUGGUCCGGACUCUGUUUCCGGAGGUGCGGAAGGGAGCUGCAGGGCUGGCUGCGGCUGCAACUGCGGCUGCGGCUGCAGGAGCAGCACCGCCCGGUUCUGAAGCCGGGGGCCCGGACACUCAUGCGCCUGGGGGCGGUGCCGGCACCGGCGGCGCGCUGGGCUUGGCGGCCGAGGCGCACUCGGCGAACGGCGGAGGCGCCGGAGCAGCUGCCAGUGGCCCUGCGGAAGGGCCUGCGGAGAACGCUGCGCAGGAGCGCCAACGCGUGAUGGAGGAGCACCGCGCACAGGAGGCGACUCGCCAGGCGGAACGCGAGCGGCAGCGGCAGGAGGCGGCGGCCCGGGCGGCGGCUGAGGCGGCGGCUGCGGAGGAGCGGAUGCGCCGCAUGGAGGAGGAGCUGGAGGCGCAGAGGCGGGAGGCGCUCGCGGUGCUUGAGGCGGAACGGGCAGCGGAGGUAGAGCGCCGCGCUGCGGAGGAGGGCGCCGCGGCGGCCGAGCGCGAGCGACUGGCCGCAGAGCGGGCGGCGGUGGCUGCGCGGCUGGAGGCGGCUGCACGGGAGGCAGCUGCGCGCGAGGCGGAGCGGGCGGCGGCGUUUGAGGAGCUGCAGCGGGAGGUGCUGAAGCUGGCUAUCCGGCACAUGGCGGCAUGGCGCAUCGGCAGGGCGUGGCGGCGCUACCGGCGCGGCCCGGCCCGCGCGGCGCGGCUGGCGGCGGUGGUGGCCAUCCAGGCGGCCUGGCGCGGCUUCGUGGGGCGGCGGCUGGCGGGGCAGCUGCGCAAGCAGCGGGACGUCAUGCGCAGUCUGGAGGAGGCGGCCAGCAAGGGGCGGCUGGACGAGCUGCGGGUGGCGGCGGAGCGGGCCAAGGAGCUGGGCCUCGGCGAGGCGGCGACGCAGCGCAUGUCCGCGCUUGAGUCCGCAGCUGCCGACGCGGCUGCCAAGUUGACGUCAGCAGCAAGCGGCGGCAGCUGCAUGCUGUUCCGCACCGCGCUGGCGGCGGCUCAGCGCUUCCCGCACCUGGCGGAGCUGGUGGCGGAGAGCAGCGCUGUUUUCGAGCGGCGGCGGGCAGCGGCGGAGGCGGCGGUGGCCGCGGCGGUGGAGGACUCGCCAAUGUCUGAUUUGACAAAGCUGCUGGAGGUGGCGGGCGGCAUGGGUGUGGAGCCGGCGCGGCUGACGGCGGCGCUGGAGGUGGCGCGGCGGCGUGACGCCGGCCUGGCGGCGACGCUGGCCGCGGCGGCUGCGGCCCCCGCCUUUGACGCCCCUGGCUUUACGGCUCUGGUGGAGCGGGGGCAGCUCUUGGGGCUCAAGGGCGACGUGGCGGCCGCCAAGCACGUCCUGGAGCGGCGCAAGCGCGGGCUGGCGGCGGAGCUCAAGCAGCGCAGUGCCGCCGCCGGCGCGGCCGAGGUGGCGGCCAUGGCGGCGGAGGCGCGGAGGCUGGGCGCGGAGGCGGAGGCGGCCGCGCUGGAGGCGGCACUGCGGCAGCGGCAGCUGGGCCUGCAGUCCUCCCUCGAAGCCGCCGCCGCACACGACUCCAUCUCCGCCUUCACAGCACUGCUGCGCCAGUCGCGGGCGCUGGGCAUGCCGCUGGCCAUGCUGCGCUCGGCGCAGGAAGCGCUGUCGCGCCGCCAGGCAGCGGCGCGCGCCGCGCUGGCUGCGGCUGCCGCCGCCGGCACGCUGCACGCCUUCCUGUGCGCCCGCGGCUCCGCCGUGCGCUGCGGCGUGGGGCUGCCGGAGCUGGUGGCGGCAGACCGGGUGCUGGCGGGCCGGCGGCGCGGCCUGGCGUCGGGGCUGCCGGAGGCCGUGGGGCGGCUGUGCCGGGAGGCGGCGCCGGGCGGGCCGGCGGCGGGGCGCGAGCUGGCGGAUGUGGUGGCGGCGCUGGGGCCCGCGCUGGGGCUGGGGAACCCUGAGGAGCUGCUGGGGCGGGCUGUGUCAGAGGAGCCCGGCUCGGAGCUGCCGCUGGCUGCAGCGGACUCGGCUGCAGAUGCAACCGUCACAGGCGCGGGCGCGGGCGCACCGAAGCCGCAAACGUCGGCAGCUGCCAAUGGCAGCGAUGGCAGGACUGGCGUCGGGGCCUAUCCGGCGCCGUUCGCGGACACCCUGCCGGCUACUCCGCCGGCAGAGCUGGCUGCGGGGGCUAGCAGCAGUAGCAAGAGCGGUAGCAGCGGCGCAGGCGUGGGCCUGCAGCAGCGGGUGCGCGGUGCAGUGGGCGGUGUGUGGUCGGCGUGUGUGUCGGCUCUGCAACUGGGCGCGGCGGACAGCGCGGCCAUUGCGCUGUGUGCGCUUGGGCUACACGCGCGCGUGCAGCAGGCGGACGGCAUCCCUGAUUCCUCAGACAUGCCAGACUCGGCAUCAGGAAGCGCGCGAGCAGGCGGAGGCGGUGGCGGCGGUGCUAGCAGCAGUGGCGGCCGCGUUGGUGCGCUGGCCCGCUGGCUGGUGCCGCGGGACUACUGGGGAGUGCCGCUGCUGCCCUCCUGGCGGCAGGCACACCACGCCCAGCUGGGCGCCGUGUCGGCAGCGGCCGGCACAGCGGCGGAGGCACCGGCGGCGGUGCCGGAUGAGGUGGCGCCUCGUGCAGCGGAGGAGCUGCGGCGUUGGCAGCGGCAACAGCAGGCGGCGGCGCAGGCGCAGCGGCGGAGAGGUCAGGCGGCGGCGGGCGCGGACGCGGCGGCGGGAGAAGCGGGUGGCUCGGUGUGGUCGUGGUGGCGGUGGCCGCGAGCUGCGGAAGUGUUGGGCCAGGCAUCUGCCUGGCGCUCCUUUAUCAACCCGGCGCCAGUCGCACCCGCGCCUGCGCUCUCACAUACCUCCCAGGCCUCACAAGCCGCCGCUGCUGCCCAGCAGUCGGCACCAGCGCAGGCGCAGCCGCACUACCGCACCGGCGGCGCCGCGCCGCGCGCCGACGCGCGGCCCAUCACGCGCCCCACCGGCCCCAGCGGCCCGCUCACACGUGCCCUCCUCCUGCGCAACGCCCCCUCCACCAGCACCCCAACCCCAGCCCCGUCUGCAUCCUCCGCUGCCCAGCCCUCCGCCCCGCCCUCCGCCUCGCUGCACCCAGCGCUGGACCGCGUGUCCCGCCUGGACCUGGGCCUGGAGCGGCUGAGCAGCCUGGCGGGGCUGGAUGUGGCGUGCCCGGGCCUGCGCAUUCUCACAGCCAACGUCAACCAGCUCACAGGGUUGGAGGGCCUGGCGGGGCUCAGCCGGCUGCGCGAGCUGUCGCUGAAGGACAACCACCUGGACCGCCUGCCGCAGCAGCCAACAGCCGCAGGCGGUGGCGGCGGCGGCGGAGGAGGAGCGGGGCCGGGUGUGCCGCCCAGGUCGGGCUGCCUGCCGGGCGGCGUGGCGCUGAGGCGGCUGGCGCUGGACUCCAACCAGCUGAGCGGCCGGCUGAUGGGGCUGGAGGCGUGCAGCGGUCUGCGCUCCCUGAGCCUCGCCGACAAUGGCUUGGAAGACCUGGGGCCACCGCUGGCGGCAGCAGCAGCAGGCGGUGGCGGCGGUUCUGGUGCCGGCGCCCUGGCGGCCUGCGCACACAGCCUGACGCUGUUGUCGGUGGCGGGCAACCGCCUGACCUCACUGCUGGGCCUGAGUGGCGUGGUCGGGGCCGGCGGUGGAGGCGGAGGCGGCGGCCCCGGCGCGGCCGCGGCAGCGCGGGCUGCUGGGCUGCAUGGCGGGGUCGGCGUGGGUGUGGCGGGCGCCUGUACGGCGCUGCGUGUGCUGGACGUCAGCCGCAACCGGCUGACGUGUCUUGAGGGCAUACAGGCGCUGGUGCUGCUUCAAUCCCUCAACGCGCGCGGCAACGCCAUCCGCGCCCUGCCGCAGCCGCUAUGCCUGCCCUACCUCACCUCCUUAGACCUCAGCCAAAACGCCCUCACCGCCUUCGCCUGCGCCGUCGUGACACCCGCCGGCAGCGCUGCGACCAGCACCGGCGCCGGCAGGAGCGGCAGUAGCAGCAGCGGCUCGGCGGCGCCGGUGCUACUGCCGGCGCUGCAGGCACUCAACCUGCAAGACAACCAGAUCUCGCAUCUCCGCGGGCUGGGGCCCCUGCCCUGCCUGGCCUCGCUGGACCUGUCCUUCAACAGCCUGCCCUCCAUGGCCUCCCUGCAGCCCCUGGCGGCUCUCUCGGCGCUCACGCAGCUCAGCCUUAACGACAACCCCGCCACCGCCGGCGCAAACGCCGAGGUGGCGGCGCUGGCGGGCCUGGCGGCGGCGCCAGCUGCCGGCAUUGCGGCGCUGCGGGCCGGCGGCAACGCGGAGCACGCCGCGGCGGCGGCGGCGUACCGGGACCGGCUGCUGACGCUGGUGCCGUCGCUGCAAGAGCUGGAUGGCGAGCCGGUGGCGGCGGUGGAGCGGCGGGAGUACGCGGUCCGGUCGGCGGCGGCAGCGGGGCCGGCAGGUGUGGCGGCGGCGGCGCGACUGCUGCGCUCUGGCGGCGGCGUGGGCGGCGUGUACCUGGCCGUGGCGGUUCCGACCAGUGGCAGAAGCAGCAGCAAUGCGAGCUGUAGCAGCAGUAGUAGCAGCAGCUGCCGUAGGCGCAGGGGUGCGUCGGCUAAGUCGGGCGGCGCAGCCGCAACGGCAGCCGUGGCGCCGCUGCUGCACAACGCUGGUGUGUGCGGCGGCACCUCGGCGGCCGCGGAUCCGGCGGCGCUUCGCUCGCUGCUGGCAGCGGCGUCUCAGCCCGGGCACCAUGGUGUGGGUGCACUGCCGCGUGUGCUAGCCGAUCAGGCCCUCACCUACAGUCCUGCCAGUGCAGGGGCCGGUGUCAGUGGUGCGGCGGCGGUGACUGCAGCGUCAGAGGACUGGCUGUCGGGCUGCGAGCGGCUGUGGCAGGCGACGGCGCCCCAUGCGCUUGCGGAGCUGCACAGGCAGCAGCUGGCAGUGGCCGCUGCGCUGGCUCCCAGCGGCGCAGCGGCGGCGGGCUCCUCGACUGCCACGCCGGCGCAGGUGCUGGCGGCGGCGGCUGCACUGGCGGCUGGCGGCUCGGCGGCGACAGCUCCGCAGCAACGGGCGGCGGCGAUGUUGGACUCUCCAGAGCUCGAUGGCGCCGCGUUGCGCGUGUUCAGGCCUAUUGCACGAGCCGUGGCGGGGCAGCCAGUUGCAGGAACCACCACCACUACCACUGCCAAAGCUCCCGUGCGCGGCGUUGGCGGCGGCCGUGCCUCGCUGGCGGCCGCUGUGCCCGCGGAGCUGCUAGCAGCUGAGCUGGAGUCGCGGUACGAGGCCGCGGAGACAGCACUGCGGCAGCAGCAGGCCGAGGAGAUGCGCCGGCUGCUUGCGGCGACAUCGGCGGCGGUGGCGGCGGCAGGGCCCGGCGGCGACGUGGCGCCGCUGCUGGUGAUGCAGACGUCGUACUUCCGGCGGCGGCUGGCGCGAGAUGCAGGCGGCGCGGCGGCGGUGGUGCAGGCGUACUGGCGCGGGCUGCGGGCGCGGCGGCUGGCGGCCCUGCUGCGGAGCGAGCAGCACCAGGCACGCUGCCGGGACGCGGCCACGCUCAUCCAAGCCUGGUGGCGCGGCCACGCCGUCCGCAGCAGUCCGGACCUGGCGGCGGCACGUGCGGCCGCCGCCGCGGAGAAGGAGGCGCGGCGGCUGGAGCUGGAGCGCCGCCGCAACGCCGCCGCCGUCACCAUCCAGGCGCGCUACCGCGGCCACCUGGUGCGGCGGCGCCUGCGAGCUGUCAGAGUGGCGGCGCGGCUGCCGCCCGGCGGCGGCGGCGACGGUGGCGGCGGCGACGGUGACCUGGACGGCCUGAUGGACAGCGGCGAGCUGGACGACAUGAUGGCCUUCCUGCAGCCCCUGGACAAGAUGUUCGGGGAGGAGGACGCGGCGGCGGCAGCCAUGUCCGCAGCCAUGUCCGCAGCCAUGAUGCAACAACAGCAGCAGCAGCAGCAGCAGCAGGUAACGGCCUGGGGCGCCGCGCCGCGGGCGCCGCAGGCGGCGAUGGCGGCGGCUGCGCCGCCGCCUUUGCCGGCGUCGACGCUGACGGCAACCGCGGCGGCAGCGGUGGGGCCGUGGCUAGCGGCUGCGGCGACUGCGCCGCCGCCGCCGGUGCAGGCGCUUGCGCACCCGUUGGGUGGUUCGGGCUCGCCUCUGGUGCCUGUGCCGCACCACGGUCUUGCUGCCGGCGCCGCGCCGCAAUCGCACCUGCUGGCGCAUGGCCCCGGCCACCACACCGCGGCAGCUGCGGGGGCCGCGGGUGCUGCCGGCGUCCUGCCGCCUCUGCGUGGCAGCGCUCCGGCUGCUGCCGGCUCGCCUAGGGCGGCUGGCGGCGGCCUUCCGCCGCUCAAUGCGGGCCGGCCCCUGCCGCUGAACAUCAGUGACAGCGCCGGCGAGCAGCCGUCGUACGACAACCGACGCCGUACCAGCGGCGCCGGCGACUACGGCGCCGCCGGGAGCGAGUACGGAGCCGGGAGCGCGUACGGCGGCGUGCCUGCCAGCACGCCAGGCUCAACGGUGUCGCCCAACGCGGAGGAGAAGCAGCGGCGGCACCUGGAGCGGCUGCGCAAGCUGAUGGCGGAGUGGGGCUUCUCCGACCUGGCCACCGCAGAGGCCUACUACCGCCGCACGCUGCGGCAGAAGCAGGGCGAGAACAGGAAGAAGCUGGAGGACAAGUACCGCGACCCCGCCCAGCGCCUGCAGAAGUUGCAGCAGGUGGUGGAGCAGCGGCCCGCGCUGCGCCCUCAGGACGUGGCGCGGCUGCCGCAGCACGGCCGCGCGGUGCCCAUGCUGCACGGCUCGCUGCGGGGGCCGCCCAGCAGACCCAGCGCCGACGGCGGAGGCGCAACCCCCGGAGCCGCAAACAGCGCUGGAGGCGCGGGUGGAGGCGGCCUGCGGCCGCUGCGUAACCUGAACAGCGCGGACGGGAUCCUGAGCUCGGUGGCUGUUGGGCUGGCGGGGGCGUCAGGCAGCGGCAGCAACUCCCCCGUGUGCAGCCUGCCCGCACUCAUCAACCGCAGCAACAGCCACGGCAGCGCCGCGUCGGCGCCGCUCGCACUGGCCGCCGCAGCCUCGGGCGUCGGCGGCAGCGGAGCCGCCGCCGCGGCGGCGCUGCUUCGCGGCGGCGCCAGUUACGGCGGCGGUGGCGAUGACGAGGAGCGCAUGUCGGUCAAGUCGUUCAACAGCGCUGGGGCGGGAUUGAGCGGCGGUGGAGCGGGAGGGGCUGGGGCCGGGGGCCGGGCCCACAGCACGCUGCCGUUCUUGCAUGCUAAUCACCACCAGCAGCAGCAGGUGCCGCCGCCGGGGCGGGUGCUGCCGGCGCUUGCAAACAAUUGGGUGACAUCGCCCGCGCAGACACCGCCGGGGCAUGGUGGUGGUGGGGCGGGGGCGGGUCGAGGCAUGCUGCAGGUCACGGCAGCACCGGCUGUGGUGGCGCGCCCAGGGCGAGGCGCGCCGCGCAAGUAGGAUACUAGGGGUGAGGUCAUGAGGUGGGGCCCAACAGGGGCUCUGGGAUGGAGCAGGCCACAGGAGCGUGGCGUGGGGGAGGCUGAGCGUUCUAUAGCUUUGUCACGUAUCAUGCGAGCGCGUGAAUUGAGAUACAUGGAAGGUAUUCAUGGGGUUGGGGAGGGGGGACAGCCAUUCGGGCGGCGCGCUGUGUGGGGUCGGAAGGUGCACUUUUUACCGACUGCAAGGCCGAGAUGACGGUUCGCCAUAUGGCUCGCGACGCAUAUCGUGACCGUAGCAGACAUUGUGAGCAUACUUCUUUUAACGCAAUUCAGAUUAGCUUUCCACUGGGUUGGGGCAGACGAGCAGGUUUUGUCAUAGCGGACUUGACGCGACGCAAGCAGACUACGCAGCAUAGUAUGUGCAUGACGAUACUAGCACGUUGAGCAGCAUCUUGGACACUACUGCGCAGAGCCUGUAAUCGGCGGGGCAA